ACAUUGUUUCCCUUCAAAACACGCACGUGUGUUGUACUCUGGACUAGUUUCCCGGGUCUGUCUGUGUGGCACAUCAAGUGUGUGGGAGUUGGCGAAAGAGAGGGACAGUAGAACUGACGAAGAGGGGUUCUUUUGGGUCUUUCUUCUUGGUCGUGGCUUGAAAGUUGGCCAAGGCCAUCGAAUUUGGCUUUCAGCAGAUUUCACUCGACCAAGGCUGUGCCUGAAUAACUUUCAACUCGGAAGGCUUUCACCAUCAUCUCACUGCCAUCCUCGUAUUCCAAAUUGCUCGCUAUCAAAAAUGAAGCUCAUCACUCACAACAUGCUCAGCUCCCAAGGGAUCAAAGGCGUCAAAGUGGGUUUCCCUUUGGUCAUUCAGGCCAAAGACGUCAAGGUGUCGGAAGUGGAGUUCAACCCGGAUUUUAUUGCCCGCAUCAUUCCCAAGUUAGAUUGGCCGGAAGUGUGUCGAGCGGCUCAAGAGCUGAAUCAGUUGGGCGAUUUGCCCUCCAAAUUGGUCGACGACUACGAAAACAAUCACGAAUUCCUUAAACUGGCUCACCACGUCCUGCUCGAGGUCGAGGUCAUCAACGGUGAUCUCGUGUGCCCGGAAACGGGACGAAAAUUCCCCAUCACCGACGGUAUCCCCAAUAUGUUGCUCAACGAGGAUGAAGUUUGAGCCCCUCUGAUGAGCCUAGCUUUUAUUACCGCUUUUUCACGACACCCUCCCUCCCUCCCUCCCUCCCUCCCUAUCCACCCGCCCAUUAGUUAGGUCUGAUCGGCGCUUGAGGUUCGAGCCUCAAGCCUUGUCAUCUCGCGACUUGUGUUUGUCCCCGGAUUAGUUUGCCAUUGCCCCCAUUUUCUUGUACAGCCAUCCACCGGACCAAUCACCGGAUAGUGUACCAAUGUAUAAUAAAUAAAGUAACUGGUUGUUCAACUUG